AGAUUGUAUAUAUAGAGAUUUUGAACAAAACUUGGAUUAAAACCUGUACAUUGAAUAUAUUUAUAAAAAGAAAGAAACAAAGGCAAAAUGGCGUGGCACAUUGUAGAAAAGCUGUUGGAACAAGUGGCUGAACACUCGACGCUUGUUGGAAAGUUUUGGGUGACUUUCUUCUUCGUGCUUCGAUUCUUGAUGGUGGUUUCAAUCGCUGAUACCGUGUUUGGUGACGAGCAGGGGUCCUUCGUGUGCAAUACACUGACGCCUGGUUGUGCGAAUAUUUGUUUCAAUGAUUUUAGUCCAAUUUCCCUUAUCAGGCUAUGGGCUUUACAGAUCCUCAGCGUGUCUCUUCCCACAAUAAUCUUCAUGGUUUAUACGGCCCAUAAGAUGACAAAGAUCAGCCAGGCUAAGAAACUUCGGCAAGAUGAAAUGGACAAGAAAAAGAAAAUGAGAGAAGAAGCGAAGAAGUUAAAGGAAGAAGCGAGGAAGAAGGCAAUGGCGGACAGAAGAAGAAGAUUGGAAGAAUCUGGUCCUCCAGAUUACAACGCGCUUGAAAAUGAUGCAUUCGUUACAGAUGUCAAAAAGAACGAAAAGAAAGAAAAAGAACCUGAAAAAGAUAAAGACGAUGACAAAGUCGUCGCAACUAAACUUGACUCCGAUACUCCGUCACGACUCAUGCUUGCCUACGUGGUUCAGGUCGUGUGCAGACUUGCUGUUGAGAUCGGCUUCAUGGUUCUGCAGUUCAAUAUAUAUGUAUUUAAGUUCUGGGUUCCAGAGUUAUUUAAGUGUGCAAGAUGGCCAUGCCCUAACGUUGUUGACUGCUUUGUGUCAAGGCCAAAAGAGAAGACGAUUAUGUUGUGGGUCAUGUUUGCUACCGGGCUUAUAAUGAUCGUGCUCAACCUGAUUGAGUUAUACCAUCUCGGUGCAAGGAAGAUUCUAGAAGCAUGGAAGCAAAGGGGGCAAGAUAUUACAAAGGAAUACAGAGUAUCCAGCAACAUGCCGCACUUUGGCACCCAUGGUGGGCACGGUGGUGGGGGGCGUUAUCCCAGGGGUUACCCGCAAGCCGUUGGUAUAAGGGUCGGAUAUGCAAGAAGCAGCAUGUCUGGUGAAGGAGGGAACGACUACGAUGGGGACAGGUUCAUAUAAGAUGGACAUGUAUAUAUACUGAUAUUGUAUAGGUUGGGGUAAGACGGUCCGUGUUUUUAUCGUCCUAUUUGGUAUUAAACAAAUAUUAAUUACAGAGUUAGAUAACCGUACCCUCACAACUCUAAAAGAGUUGAUAAUUUUUAAAAACAUGGUUAGAAAAAUUUUGCGCUAACGGUGUCCAUCCUUACCCCACAGUACUAUACAGAACAUCCGUUACAAACGGCUCUUCUAUCCUUAAGUUCAGGCGAUAAACAAGUUGGUAAUAAGUGCGCACAUGUACACUGUAUAUAUAUAUAUAUGAAUUAUUUUGGCCAUUGCUUACAUACGAACAACCGCUUUAAACGAACAAAUAUUUAAGUAACAAAUUCUACACAAAUCCUACGAACAAAGUAUUAUAACCAGGGUUGGAUUUUAGCUUGAAACCUUUUUUUUCGAAAGCUCGUAAUUAUUUUAAGUUUAACCCCCCAAAAAAAAAGGGAAUUUUUUUUUAAAGCGAGAUUGUAUAAAUUUAAUUACAAUAAGCUCUGGUCCUAAUAUCUAACCAUGGUUAUACAAAUACUCGUACACGAUCCUUUUUUUUAUUUUCUAAAAAACGAACAAAUUGGAAAAUAUUUAGCAACAAUAAUAUUAAAUAACGAAUUUUGUUACUUCUUCGGGUGUUGGUAAUGACAUUAUGUAUAAGUAGGGUGGGGGAAAAAUGGGACACAUUUUCCUUCUAUUUUCUCGUCCCAUUUGGUAGUAAACAAAGAACACUCAAAGAAUAUAAAACUAUAUCCUCACGACUCCCAUAGAUCGUUGUUAAUUGUUUAAACACGAUCAGGAUGUUUGGAUAUUAUGUGCUAAAUGUGUCCCGUCUUCCCCAUCCUACCUUGUAUCCAUUAUAUUACAACACGCCUAAAAUUUUACCAUAACUCGCAACGUUUAUUUUAAUCUAACGGUUUUACAAAAAAAAAAACUAAAAUUAUUUAAAGGGGUCUAUUUGUAAAUAUACUUUUAUAUAGGCCUGGUAUUCGCUAUUAUAGAAUACUAACUAUCUAUUCAGUCUUGAAACUGAUAUUUAAAUGAGCAUUCGAACAAAAUACCAUUUGUAUAUUAAAAUAACUCGCCUUUUUAUACAUGUUUUGGCUUAUAGGGUAAAUGGUCUUUUACUCAUAGAACAAUUUAUGUGAAUGCCUUAUAACAUCUGAAUACAUAUGACGCUGUGUGGAAUUUUAAUCUGUAUUGCGAAGUUGUGUAAUUAUGUUAAAUUACAUCCGCAUAUUAAAUUUGUUUUUAGCGGCAAAAUAUCAGUGCUUAUGUUUUGAACCUCAACGUUCGUAGUAUUUAAACGUUUAUUACGAACUCGUUUGAAACAGCAACUAUGCUAAGUAACAAUUCGAUCUUUUAUUGCUUCAAUUCCUAGGUCAAGCAUGAACGUGUUUUAUAUGGUUUUUUGCAAAUAUGUUUGAAUUGUGACGCAAAUGUGUUUUUCUUGACUUCAAUGUACAAUGCUAAAAUAUAUAAGAGGUGCUGCACGCCUGCCACUUUAAGCCCCGCAUAUAUUAACAUCAGCCGCGCUCUGCCGCUUAAUAUAAAUGUACAGUCCCAGCUUUACUCUGUUAAACCAUAUAUAGUUCCACGUAACUCAAUUAUUGUAAAAUGUGCAAAAACUUUAGCGUUGUGUUUUUUCUCGUUCAAUUUUUAGGCAAUAAUUUUGUAAUUUUGUGUAAACUUUAAUUUUCUUUAAUUUUUCUCGUUCUUUCACAAAAUAAACUAGAAAGAACUGCU